AUGUAUUGUAUCAACAUGCAUCUCCGGUCCUUUAAUCUUCAUUUGUAUCAACGAACGCCUCCCCUUCAAAUACUCCGCAAAUGGUUGUCCAGGCUUCUCCCAGGUCCAGCGAUUCGUGGCUGCAAUCACUGCGAAAUGCACCUUAUUCAGGGCCCACACCGUAGUCUCCACAGACCAAAUGUAAAUUCCUCAACUGCGGAAUUACAAGAUGUCGGAGGUUCUCUGUGCCCUUAUCACCGAAAAGCUUGUGAUUCAGUCGCCGAGCACAUCACCUUGGAAAUCGAUGACGGCGCCGAGAUUGAUAUUUUCUGGUACAAUAGCGGAGGCUUGAAAUUAGUUUCAGGGAAAUGUUCUAAAUGGUUAGGUUUUGUUGAAACUGAGGGGUUCAGUUGUAGGAGGAAUAAGGACGUCGAGGACGAAGUGGAAGAAAGCGGCAUGGGUCUUGAGUGGGCGCUUUUGCUGAAAGACGCCUGUGGAGAUAACGGAAGAUAUCGAAACGGAUUUCAGUCGGGAGACCGCAUAGAGAUGCUUUUUUCAUCUUCAGGGAUGCGGGCAAGGAGCGAUUCUGUCAUUGAUGAGGAAAGCACUUUGCGUUUGAUGAAAGAGAUGGAUGACGCGUGUCCAAGAGACAAGGGCGAAUACUACUGUCGGCCCUCCUUCAGCCGUACUGGGCUGCCACCAUUAUUCCAUGAGCUGUCAGAGUCAACGCGGUGGCUUUGCUCUGGAUCGCUUCCAUUACGGUUCCAUAUCACUUAG